AGUAGUUCGCGCUCGGCCGCGACAACGCAAAAGUCGCGAGUCGAGUCUCUCUUUCUCUGUUCCUGUCUCGCGCAGCUGUCCGUCUCCGUUUCCCGUGUACGGCAUCAGAAAAAGGAGAAACGAAGCACAGCAGAGUAGUUAUAGCAGCAACAGCAGCGCAGCACCAUCGCGCACAGAAGAAAGAGAAAAGCAUAUAGGUACAGUGCAGUCGAGUGCUCGGCGACAGCAACGCGAUCAGCAACACACAUUCUCUCAGGAGCGGGUAUCAACGUCAACAACGAAGUUAAACAGAACCACGUAGCAGACGUCCCAGCAGCAAGAACGAGUUACUUCUUUUUCGCAACUCGCGCAAUUUUCCGAGUUCUGAAAAUAAAUCUGGUAUGAAAAUGAAGAUUCCAACUGGUGGUUCCGGCAAUGGUUACUAUGGCCAUGAGAGCGGAGUCAUAUCUUACUUGGACAAUGUAGAGAAUGAUGGUCCUGAGGGCCCAGCACAGGGUGAGGAUGACUUCUCAGAGUACAUGUGGAUGGAGAAUGAAGAAGAGUUUGACAAACAGGUACUCCAACAGUUAGAAGAAGAAGAACUGAUGGAAGAGUGCUUGGAAGCGAUGCUGGAAGAGGAGAGGCAGCAUGAAAGAAACCAAAACUCCAGUGCUUGGUCUAGUGCCACAAGUACGGAAAACAAUGGUGCUGAGCUCUGCCAGCAGUUAAAUAGCCUCCGAGUGCACGAUGACAUCGCUAAACAGAGUACGUUGAACCCCGAUGCCGCAGAGUUUGUGCCAGGCUUCAAAAUGACAUCGACACCAGAAAUCAGUGCUAAGUCGUCGUAGAGGUCCCUAACUUUCAUUUCCAACUUUGCUGAAUAACAGAUCUUUUUUGGGCUACUGAAAUGUCCAGAAUCCUCUCUAUCCUCUACCCAAGGUCGAAUGAUUAUCUUCAGUGAAUAUUGUUAGGCGUUGCGAGUCAACAAUAUAAGAUUAUAAACGUAAAAUUAGGUGAAAAAGAUGCGCAGUAUAUAGAUAUACUUAAAAACAUUAAUGCGAAAAUCAGGUUUAAUGCUGUCCAAUUUUUAGAGAUGUUAAUUGUCAGAGAAAGUGAGUAAGAAAGCACGUGUUUGUUUAUAGAUUGCAAAAUUUAAUAUACAAGAAUUUAACUAUAGGUUAUGCGAACGAUAAUAAGUUUUUUAUCAUAACUUUAACUCAUCAAGUCUCCUGGCUGAAACAAUUUAUUUUAUAUAAUCUCAAUUUAAGCUAUUCCAUUUAUUUAUUGAUAAAUAUUUAUACACUGUUACGAUGGCGAAUCAUCCAUACGUGUACUUAAAAAAAUCAGCAGGAGUUGUAUUCUUUUUGUAUCAUUUAUCAAAGAAAAUUGUUGUAAUAUCAUUUUGCCGAACUUGUGAGCCUCGCUUUAAACUAGUCCAGUCAUUGAGCUUUUUCUCAAAGACAUCCCGGUUUACUUGACUACAUCACAAUUUCAUUUAUACCUAAACUUUCUCUCUCAAGCUCAAAGCUAGGCAUGAUAAAACACGUGCAACUAAAAACAUAAAUAUAGUCAAGUAAUAAUCGUAUAAAAAAAUAAUCAAAUUAUAGAUUUAAGUAUUUAUAUAUUUAGAUAUUUAUAUAGGUUUACUAAAUAUUUGAAUAUUUAAAUAUUUAAACGUUGAAGUAAUUUAUUAAAAUUCGUGUCCUUCAAAAUGAAAGUGUCCCGAGCGGACUGUCAAUACGUGGAUUCUGGGCCCUCCAUCGGCUCAUAUUUCUUCUCUUUUUUCUUCAUUAUAUAUACAUAUUACCUUUUUUUAAGACUAAAAGAUCUCAAAUAGAAAGUCUAAUUCAGGCUGUGAGGGACUCUCUUUCGUUUUGUCGGUCGGAGUCUACACAUGCUUACUUACUUUCUAUAGAGAAAGAUUUUUCUAUUGAAAAAGACAAAAAAAAAACAUCUUACUUUGGGAGUUUUCAUAGAUUGUAGGUGUCAAACAUAAAUCUGCUACGUUCUAAUCAGAAUAUAUAAAUAUACGUAUAAAUGGUGAGUGUACUUUGAGCAUUUUUUGUUGUUUAAACAGAAAAGUGCGCAGUAUUGGAACAAAAAAAGUACGCGAGUUGUAGACGUAACACUCAAAUUUUUGUGUCGCUUUAAAUAACUACUACUGUUUUAUUUAAUUUAAUGCAUUUUUUAUUUUAAAUAAAAUAAGUACUCCUAAUAAUAACAUUCGUGAUAAUUUUGUUACAUAUUUUUAUAGACGUCAAUGUUAUUUUGAAUAAUAAUCGAAUUCAAAAUUUUUACAUUUUACGAAUAUUCUUGAAUCAAAUCUAUUUUAUAUAAAUAUUAAAUAUAAUAUUUAUGAUAGUUUAACUUUAAUGUUGAUUGACCAUUUGAAGUGACUACUAUUUCGUUUUUGAAAUAUAACGCGAGAAGGCACGAAAAUUGGAGUGAACAACGAACGUAAUUAUUUCUUUCAUGCUGAGCAAAGCUGAGAGCUGCGUAUGAUGGCGACUUUUUUCUUGAAAUGUGCAUUUUUUCGUUUCGAGACAGUCUUCCAAUUAUUGUCUAAAAAUGUCUGUCAACAAGACUCUCGAACGACAAUCGACAAGACUCUCGGCGGCACGCACACAAAAAACACACACACUUAGCAUGCCCGCGCGCGAAGUUGCAGCACGGGAAAAAAAAUUUUAAUUUAUAAUUCCUUUCUAUUCUGUGCGGAUGUACAAGUUCAUGCAAAAUAUUUUGCAUUAAUUUUUAUAUUCGUACAGAAUUUAAAAUUUACUGUGUACAUUGUAUUACAUGAUUUUUUCCCGUCGCUCAGAAAAAAAUAAUAAAACAUGAUUGUAUAAAAAAAGCUUAUAAUUCCGUUUAGUGCUUGCAGCUAUAAAACCAGCUUGUGAUUUUUUAGGAGAAACAUUUUUAUUGUGAAAAUUUACGUUGAUGAAAAAAACAUUGAGCGCCGAGACUAAAAAAAUUAAAUGUUGAACUCGCCUUAAAUAAUUACCACACAGAUUUUCGGUUUAUCCACUCUUUGUGCGAUGUUAUUCGCGAGCAUAUGCGUUUCCCGAGUGAACCAUCCAAAUUAUUCUUGGACUGUAUAUUAAAAAUUGUAUAAUUUUUGUAUCAAUUUCUCCUGUGUAAAUAAUUAUUUUUGCUCAUGCAUGCAGUGUACUAUAACACUGUAUACAUGCGUAGUUCUAUUAUAAUAUGGUCACAUUAGCGUUAUGUAUAACGAUGGACUUUUUACAUCGAAUUAUAUAAUGCACGUGGAAUGACCGUUUCACCCGGGGAAAAAGUGUAUUUUCGUCACGGAUCUUUCACAUCGACAAUGUAUGUAGUGCUGUGAUCGAAAACUCAAGAGGAAAAAAGAGAUUUAUUUGUACAAAAUAAAAAUAACGUUUAAUUUUCACCGAAAAGAGAGAAAGAGAGCGAAAGCGCGUGAAAGUUGUAAAUUAUCUCAUUCGACAUUCGUCAUUCUCGAGUUUUUUUCGCCUGUUAUUAUUAUACUGUAAUCUUUUAUUAAUAAUUAAUUAUUUGGCGAUCGAAUAUCGCCGAUAUGUUUUGAAUUGUAAUAUAAAACAAAAAUUAUUUUUCUCUACGAUUGGGAGUUGAAUGUAAAUGCGUGAUAGUAUACCCUAUUUUUUUAGCGAAGCGGAUAUUACUAGAAUGCGCGCGAAACGUAUACCGAACGUUUCGCACGACAGCUAGUUUUAAGCGUCCAAAUAUUAUCUCGUGACAUUUUUUUAGUUGUAUUAUAUGAGAAGUUUACCUUUGACUGUUUUCUUUUCAAUGGGAUAAACGUAUAAAAAAAAAUAAUAAAAAAAUUCGGCAAUUCAAAUGUUUGCUCAUGAAGGAUCACAUAUACUUUACUUAUGUAAUCACAAUAUUUCAUGUUAUUUACUGUCUCGAUAUAAACAAAUCUUAGCAUUUGCAAACUUUCAUUUUAUCUUCAUUUUUGUUUAUAGCAUUUAACAAGUAGCAUACAAAAAAAAAAUAAAAA